AUGUUUGCGAGGAAGCGUUCUGCCGUGCACGAGGUGCGAGGGCCCACGAUAAGGCGGGGUGGCGGCGGCGUCACACGCAGCGACAUUGGCUGCGGCGUCGUUGGCUGCUCGCUCUGCGCGGACGCCAUCUGCGGCGAGCGUGGACCGUGUGUAGCUCCUACCGCGCCCAUCAUCAUCCCUGACACCAACGUCGUGCUGCACAACAUGAAUGCUCUGGAAGACGCCCGGGUACAGAACAUCGUGUUUCUCUCGACUGUCGUGUCGGAGGUGCAGAACCGCAACAAGGCCAUCUACGCGCGUCUCCAGCGACUCCUGUGGGAGGAGCGGAAGCAGUGCUACGUUUUUUCCAACGAUCACCACGAGCAAACGCACUGCAUGAUGGAACGCGACGAAACGCCCAAUGACUACAAUGAUCGUUGCAUUCGCGUAGCCGCACGGUGGUACGGGCGGCACGCCGCCCUCGCCUUUCCAGCGUUGCCGCCAAGUGUGUCUCUCGUCUCGCACGACAAGCUGCUUCGACAGGCCCUCACCACAGCCGCAGGGGAAGACGCCAUCCCGAACCUGUCCUGUGUCACGCUGCGACAGUUUUUGGAGCAGGCUAUAAGUACUGGGUCGGACCUUAUUGAGAAGAUUCAGUGUGAGCAGCCGGCAGGGAUGAAAGAGUCAUCCAGGACGGGGGCUCUCUUUCAGCCACACGUGGAGGCCAGUGCGCUGGAGAUGGGCAUACACAACGGCACGUAUCUUCGUGGCAAACUGCAUGUGAGUGAGGCGAAUUGUUUUUUCGGUGAAAUCCGAGGGCAGUGGGAGGGGCACAACUUUCCCCGAGUCCUACUACCAGGUCGUGUCAACUUGAACCGUGCCAUUCACGGCGACAUUGUUGCCGUUGAACUGCUCCCGAUGACGUUGUGGCGCGGCCCGAAGGAUGCAAAGCCGCUUGAUGAUGCAACUACGACGGAGGCGGCAGCGCUUGAGGCUGGCUACACGCCAGUAGGAAGGGUAGCUGGCAUUACCAAUAUGGAGCGCCGGCCUUUCUGCGGCAGUAUUGAUGUGGAGGAGCUUAAGCGGUUUACUGCGGCACAAGCAACGGUUUCAGGUGCGGUAAGUGUGUUGUUCCAGCCGAAGGACAAUCGUAUUCCACGCAUCCGAAUUUUCACGCGGCACCUAGAGGACUUGAAAGACAAGCGGCUGAGCGUUAUCAUUGAUGACUGGCCAGAGUACAACAGUUUUCCUGUGGGCCACUACGUCGAGGUGCUCGGCACCAUUGGUGACAAGGAUACAGAGGCGAAGGUCAUCCUCCUUGAGAACGACAUUCCCCACUAUGACUUUAGUGAGGCCGUAUAUGACUGCCUACCCAAAGGGCAGUGGAGUGUGUCGAAGGAGGAGUUGGGGCGUCGACUGGACCUGCGAGAUUUGUGCGUUGUUAGCGUGGAUCCGCUUGGAUGCCGUGACAUUGACGAUGCGCUACACUGCCGUGUUGUGAAUGGCAAUCAUCUCGAGGUGGGAGUUCACAUCGCGGACGUCACACAUUUUUUGCAGGAAAACACAGCCAUGGAUGAGGAGGCUGCCAAGCGCAGCACGAGCGUGUAUCUUGUUGAUAGGCGAAUCAAUAUGCUGCCGCAGCUCCUGACGGAAAACCUUUGCUCGAUUGUCGCCAACGAAGACCGCUACGCCUUUUCCAUCAUGUGGGAAUUUGAUGAGAAUUACAACGUGGUCCGCGACUACUUUGGAAAGACGGUGAUUCGCUCCCGCGCGGCACUCUACUACGGGGACGCACAACGCAUGAUUGAUGACGCCAACGACACGAGCGAGAUUGCUGUGUCGCUGCGGCACUUGAUGAGCAUCAGUCGACACUUCAAGGCGAAGCGGGAAAAGGAUGGCGCUUUGUUCCUCGCCUCACAGGAGUUUAAGUUUAAGGUGGACAACGACCACGUGAAUCCCACUGACAUGCAGGUGUACCAAACAUUUGAGGCGAACUCUAUGAUUGAGGAAUGGAUGCUCUUUGCCAACGCGGCGGCAGCUCGGAAAGUGUAUGAAAGUUACCCACGCUGGACUCUCCUGCGUCGUCACCAGCGUCCCGCGGAAAACGCGUUUGACACUUUAAAUGAGGCUCUGCGGCGAAAAAUUGGCCUUCAACUCGAUGACACGACCUCCUUGACACUAAACAACUCACUUAAUGCGUGCAUCGACCCAAACGACGCGUAUUUUAACCGGCUUAUCCGCAUCCUCGUGACACGGUGCCUGCGGCAGGCGCAGUACUUCUCCAGCAGCGAAGUUCCACAGGACGAGUUCUGUCACUUUGGCCUUGCCAUGCCAAUCUACACCCACUUCACCUCUCCUAUUCGCCGGUACGCGGACGUGGUUGUGCACCGGCAGUUGGCGGCAGCGCUCGGCAUCAUGCAGGUGAGUGAGAUGCACACAGACUCCGUCAAAAUGGAGGCUCUUGCGGGGAACAUUAAUUACCGCCACGAGCAGGCGCAGCGUGCGGGGCGCGAUUCUCAGAACCUCUUUACAGGUUUUUAUUUGCGCAACUUUGCGGACCAAGCUAUACCGGAUGAAGACGGGUACGUCGUGAAACUCUCCGAGACCCACGUCUUUGUGAUGGUGCCAAAGUACGGCCAGGAGGGGAAAAUUCCAAAGGAGCAACUCGUGCGGGUGCCGGACCUGCUUGAGCAGGUUCGGGUUGGCAUUGAGGUGCGCCAGCAGGGUGACGUGCUUCGAACCACGCUGACGUUUUCGUUGAUUGGGAUGAUGAAGGCCGGCGGGAACGGCGAGGGGGACGCUUGCACCGAAGCCAACAGCGAGGAGAGGCCGAUAACAGACGACGCGGUAGGCGCAACGGAGCCGGCGCGGAAGAAGACGCGCGUGACGAAAUCGUAG